AUGCCGCGUGUAUACAGACCCGAUCCUACAAGGAAAAGGUAUAAAAAAUAUGACACGGAAAUAAUAAAAAAAGCUGUGGAAGAGUAUGUAACUUCUCAAAAUGUAAAAUUAGAAGAAGUUGCUAAAAAAUAUGGCAUACACAAGUCGGUGUUGUAUCGUCACAGUACCAGGGAUAUGAAGCGACAAGGAGGCCAAAGAGCUUUGUCCGAUGAGACUGAAGUGUUCUUAAUUGAAAACAUAAACAAAUGCGCAGAAUGGGGUUAUCCCCUAGAUACUAUGGAUCUCAGAUACAUAAUAAAAAUGUAUCUUGAUAAGAUAGGUAUAACCCAUAAAAGAUUUAAAAAUAAUUUUCCAGGACCAGAUUUUGUGCAGAGCUUCCUAUUAAGACACAAAAAUGAGAUUUCUCAAAGAGUUUGUGAAAAUAUCAAGCGUGUGAGAGCUAAGGUAUCUCCGGAUACGAUUAAAGAAUAUUUCAUCGAACUUGAGAAAUCUUUAAGUGGAGUACCUACUUCUAACAUUUUAAAUUAUGACGAGACAAAUUUGUCGGACGACCCUGGGCGGAAGAAAAUAUUGGUCAAGCGGGGGUGCAAGUACCCUGAAAGGGUUUUAAGCCAUACCAAGGCUUCCGUGUCUAUUAUGAUGGCUGGUACCGCAGAUGGUAAAAUGUUACCGCCAUAUGUGGUAUACAAAGCAACCCAUUUAUAUGAUUCCUGGGUCCAACAAGGUCCUGACGGUACUCGAUAUAACAGAUCGACAUCUGGAUGGUUUGACGGAACCACUUUUGAGGACUGGGUGCAAAAUAUGGUGGUCCCUUAUCUUAAGGAUUUACCAGGCAAAAAGUGCUUAAUUGGAGACAAUCUGUCUUCACAUUUAUCAGCAGAUUUGAUCCAAACAUGUAAAGGGCACAAUAUCGAUUUUGUAUUCUUACCAGCCAACUCGACUCACCUGACGCAAACGCAAGCGUGCCUGGAGACAAUUAUUAUUAAAAUGGAAAAAGACAGAUGGUCGACAAUUACCCACGAUUCCAAAAGGUUGCUUUCCAAAACUAUUAAAAUUGCUAAUUGA